AUGUCAGCAAUAUGGCCUUUUUUCAAUCAUUCCUUCUCCAACGCCAAUAUCAAUAAGAUCUUGAACGAGAUUGAGCAAGAUGCUUCAAGACGAACAUCACAGGCCACAAUCACAUCUGUCCUGACUGCUACGUCAAAAUCAAGCGGUGCAAAAUCAGCCGCAACCCAAGGCUUGAGCUCUAAAUAUCAUCAGUUGACAGGAAAUUCCUCACCUCAAAUUGAGCCACUGCAAUUUCCUAAAAGCAAUAUAAAUGUGUAUCUUUUCAACAAGUUAUUAGACCAGCCAAAUUUGAUUGAUGAGAUAAACUUGUCUAAAAACCAAAAGUUGAUAAACUACUUGUCACAAAAAGAUGUUAUCAACACAAUGUUUGAAUAUAUUCUUUUCUCCAUGAAGCUCUCGAAAUACUCAAAUGCAUCAGAGCUUCCAACAGAGUACUUAACUCAUGAUAUUUUUACCAAUGAAAACGAAAAUGAAAAUGGCAACGAAAACGAAAAUGAAGAUGCGGAUAAGCUUCAAAGUGCAUUGCAAAGGGCCACUGUGAUUUCAGAAAUUAUGAUUUUACCAAACUCAAAUAUACAUCAAACUUUGUUGACAAACUUUGAUAUAUUCACUACCCUCUGGAGAGGUUUUAUGAACAAUGAUCCAAGGUUCUAUUUUAAGAAUAUAAAAUUGAUUGAGACCCCUGAUGAUGACAAACCUGCAUACAAUAUCACUGGUCUAGAGACCUCUCCAUUCGAGAAUUCACAUGAAAUUAUAAUGUUUAAUAAUUUCUUGAAGUUUGUCGAUGACCUAGCAUUAAUAAAUAUAGGCGGCUUUAUGAACUUCAUCAGGUUUGAACAAGAAUACAACUGUUUGACUGAUCAGUUUGUUAAAUUCAUACCGUAUUCACAGACCGUUUGCGAUUUAUUAGUGAGACUGAUUUCUACUGAUAAGCCGUAUAAUUCAAAUGGUUUGAUAACUAUUUUGAUUGACCAACAUUUAAUUCUGAAUUUAUUGAAAAUUUGCAAGAAAUAUUACUUGGAUCAUCAAGUUCAAGACAACGUUUGCAACCUGUUGAAUGGGAUUGUUGGAAUUAGUUCCAACAUUGGGUUCUGGGAGGAUCAUAUCCCUGUGAAUAACAACGGUGGUAAUAACCAAGACGAACAACCGGAUGCAAAUAAUAACAAUCCUAACAUUGGGCCUAAUGACCUCACUCGACAGUUAGUUUCACAAGAGUGCACAGAAGAAAUGCUUGACAUAAUUUUAACUCAUGGAAACUACGGCCUUGUGACAAUUGUGUCUGUUAUAAUUGAGGUAAUUCGCAAAAACAAUUCUGACUAUGAUGAAUUUGACUGGAUAUCCUCUGUUAAUUUUAACGAUGAAAAUAAAAGUAUGCCAAGCUCAAGAGAUCCAAUAUAUCUUGGUAAUCUGUUGAAACUGUUUUCGCUGAAUUUGGACAAAAUUGUGCAGACUUAUCUGACUGAUGGCUAUUAUGAUUUUAAAAAACUGGACUGUCUUAAUAGUUCAAUAGGUCAUAAAAUUGAGCCUUUGGGUUACGAGAGGUUCAAGAUAAUGGAAUUAAUUGCAGAAUUGUUGCAUUGUUCGAAUAUGAUUCUGAUGAAUAAAUCAAUUGAAUUGGAUAAGCUAAUCUACAAAAGAGAUUCUUUACGAGAUAUAAAGAAAACUGAGCAACUGGUUAGUGAUGCAAUCAAUGGGCUUAUCAUCAAUAAUGAUGUGAGAGGUGAAGACGACGAAGCGAACGAUAAUGACAGAUUAUCACUCAAAAGUACUAGCACUAUUCCAUACAUUGAGAUACCGUUAGAAUUAUCUGUGGGUAACUUCUUCAAAUAUCAGUUACUGACGACUAAUGCAAUCCCUCUGAUAACCUUGAAAUUGGUCAAAUUCCCAUGGAAUAAUUUCAUGCAUAAUGUGAUUUUUGAUUUAAUCCAACAAAUAUUCAAUGGAAGGUUGGCAAAUUGGGAUGAAGAUAGAGCAGUUAACCAAGAGGAAACGAUUUUUGACGACAACUUAAGUUUAAACAAAAUUUUAAUCUGGUCACUUUUUGGUAAUUAUUCUGACUUCUUCAAUGGUAACGAUAACGAUGACAGCGUUGAUAUCAGUGCUGGGCCAACAUUUUACAAGGAUUAUGAAUGCAAAGACAAAGAUUAUCCUGGAUAUUUCAAUCUAUCAUUAUUCAUAGUGUAUUCCUACAAAUUGUCAAAUAAGCUGUACAAAGCGUCCAAUUUCAGGUUCGGCUACAUGGGUCAUCUUACAUUGAUUGCCGAAGAGAUUCACAAGUUUCAAAGUUAUGUUGAGAAUUUUGGACUGACCAAAAACGAAAAUGCUUUUGGUUUACAUAAGGAGGCUGAAGAUGAUAUUAGGCCCUUUUACUUAAAGAGCAGCUACUUUAUUUUCAACGAGUUGUACGAAUCUAUAUUUGAACACAAGGGAGAUUUCCAGCCUUGGCUUGAUUUCGUUAACUCCGAGCUUAGGGAAAUCAGCUCGAUGUACAACAAAGUUUUAGGCAACCCCAACGAGAUUGAGGCUGAAAUGACUAACCAAGAAGAUUCACACAACUUUGAGAAACACGACAACCAACUUGAAGAAUCAUCCACUGCCCGGAAUGCUAUUAUAUUGGACAACGGAGAUAGCGACGAAUUUCGAGAGAACAUAGGAGACGACGAAAAAGACGUC